AGGCGGCAGCGCGAUGGGCGGCCGAGGCAACACCCCGCGGGUGCUGGCGGCGGUGUUGGGCGCGCUGGGCCUGGCGGCCGGGGCCGGCCUGCUGCUGCUCUGCCUGCCCUCCAAGGACCUGCGGGAGCCGCCCGACUUCAAGUAUGGGAUUGUACUGGACGCCGGAUCUUCCCACACCGCCAUGUUCGUGUAUAAAUGGCCGGCGGACAAAGAGAACGACACGGGCAUCGUCGGCGAACACAGCAUGUGUGACGUGGAGGGAGGUGGGAUCUCCAGCUACGCCGCAAACCCGCCAGAAGCCGGCGGGAGCUUGAGAACCUGUCUCAACCGAGCGCUGGAGGACGUCCCCAAGGCCAGGCACGCGGGCACCCCUCUCUACCUCGGAGCCACGGCUGGCAUGCGGCUGCUCAAGCUCACAGAUCCCAAAGCUUCAGACCUCGUCCUUGAAGAGGUGACCUCCAUGCUACAGCAGUACCCCUUCGACUUCCGGGGGGCGAAGAUCCUGAGCGGGGAAGAGGAGGGCGUUUUUGGCUGGGUCACGGCCAACUACCUCUUGGAGAACUUCAUUAAAUAUAGCUGGUUUGGGAAAUGGAUCCAUCCGGAGAAGAAGACCUUGGGUGCCAUGGACCUGGGGGGUGCCUCCACCCAGAUCACCUUUCAGACGUCUGAGGUGAUUGACAGCAGUCCCGCCAACGAGGCCAUGCUGCGCCUGUACGGGGAGUCCUACAAGGUGUACACCCACAGUUUCCUCUGCUACGGCCGGGACCAGAUCCUCAAGAGGCUUCUGUCCAAGGUGCUGAAGGCUGAAAGACACGCUCUGAAGGUCAACAACCCCUGCUGGCCCACGGGUUACAGGAGAAACUUCACGAUGGGCAGCGUCUACGAUUCCCCGUGCACCGCUGAUGAGAAGCCCACCAACUAUUUCCCCAACGCCAUGGUGACCAUGAGCGGCUCCGGAGACGCCGCUCAGUGCCGCGGUCAUGUGGAGAGCCUCUUCCAGUUCACAGAGUGUCCCUACUCCCGCUGCUCCUUUGACAAAGUCUUCCAGCCCAAUGUCACAGGAAAAUUUAUCGCCUUUUCUGCCUUUUUCUACACCGUGGAUUUCAUCCAGUCGGAGUUGAAGAGACCUGUUGCCACACCGAGUGAUCUCAGGGAUGCUGCCAUUGACAUCUGCAAUAGCACAUGGUCUGAGCUCCGUCAGAAAGCGCCACAGCAGGAGAAGAGGUUGGCCGAUUACUGUUCAACCGCCACCUUCAUCGAUCUUCUCCUCAUGAAGGGCUACAAGUUUGACAUCAGCACUUUCUCCAACAUCGCCUUCCAGAAGAAGGCUGGAGGCACAUCCAUUGGCUGGGCUUUGGGGUAUAUGCUGAACCUCACCAACAUGAUUCCGGCCGAAGAGACCAGCUUCCGGAAGGGCACGGAAUAUGGCCCGUGGGUCGGCGUCAUACUUAUUUUUGUUGCUAUCAUCCUGGUCACGCUAGUGACCAUCUUCUGCCUGCUGAGAUCUUCCAAGGACCAUGGGAUGAUGUAGAGGCGGCCCUGGACCGGCAGGAGUCGAGGCGGGCUGGGCCGGAAGAAGGAUGCUGGCAGAAUCCAGUCCACGCCCACAGCCUGGAGGGCGGGGCUCGCUGGCUCCCCUGUUGCGGUCAGAACCCAUGGCCUCCUGUGUCCCCACCCCCGCACCCCAUAACUAGAACCUAGAGGAAGAGGGCUGUGGAAGAAACCGCCACCGAGGCUUGGGCAGAGAUCCUUGUGUGGAUUCUCAAGUCCUCGGUGCGCCAUCCAAAGAGGUUGUCUUCCAUCUCUGACUUUCCCAAAGUGCCAGCGAGGGUUGCAACGUCCGGGAAAAGAAGGGGGCCAUAGUCCUUGGCUCGCCGAAAGUUUUUUUCUGGGCUUCGCCAACCUCUCUGGUUCUGCUUGUACACUCAGGGGUCUCAAGAAAGAUUUCUGUGGUCGUGGUCCUGUCCUGAAUGCUUUGUCCGUGGCAAGGCUCUAGUCCCCAUGAAGGAAGAAAGGCAGCGUUGACGUCCAUCUCUGUUGGGUUUGACUGCGAGUGUUCGAAAGCAAGUGUGGCGAUCCAGCAGGCGUGGCGGUGAUCUUCGUCAAAGAGCAGAGGUGCCUUUUCAAAACAACCAAUGUCUGUUUACCAAAAAUGUAGCAUGGUAGCGUUAUUGGGCCAUGUGCGUGUGUGUGUGUGUGUGUGUGACUACACUCAUUUUAGAUUGGAGACGCUCCUGGGGGUUUGAAAUCAGAUGACCUGAACCCCUUCCCUCGAGACACCGUCCUUUAUAGAUAUUUCUCCCCCUCCUCAAAGAAAACCUAUAUAGGUGACUUUUAUCAAUGUCACGAGCCCACUGCCUCACCUCGUAUUGCAGAAGGGAGGCUUCGUAAGGGGCAUCACCUGCCUGUCCCUCUGAAAUAUUUCUCCAGUGCCAACUUUUAUGGGUGGGGUGGGGGUGGGAAUCUCCUUUCUCUGGUCCCAUGUGCUGAUAAGAGUUUGUGCAAGCAUACACACACACACGCUGAAUUUUAAUUUGCCUCCCGUGUUUGCUACUUGUCUCUCUCCACCCCAAUCCCCCAAAUAAACCUGUGGACGCUUCAGGGAGAGCCGGGACAGUGACAAAGGCCCGGUCAGUUUCUUAAAGCAGCUGUCUGGCCCUCCAAGGUUCUUAGUUUUCCGGCUUCUGCACUGAAUUAUCCUUCACUGCAAACGGAUGAAAUGUCUUGCCUAAGUUUUAAUUGCUGGCGGUAAGAGCUUUUAUCUAAAAUACGCUGGUAAUGGGCCUGAAAAUCUUCAGUCCUCCUUUUUCAUUAUUACACUAGGAGGCAAAGAUUGUAUUUAAAUUUUACCCCCCAAAACUUCUGGUUGCAUGACAGUCAUAGCACUGGAAACAAUUUUAACCCAGACAGACCUACAACACAAAUGAAGCAUGCCAUCUUAUGCUCGUUUUCUUGGGAGUAAAUGCCAUUGCACUCAAUGAGAUUUACUUCUGAGUAGACAUGUAUAGGAUGGCACUGUUCGUCUUUCCCGCUCUCCAGGGAACUUUGGAGGUGUUGACAGGUGUGUGUGUGUGUGUGUGUGUGGGCUCUCCAUAAAAGGAACUACACUACCCAAGAUCCUUUGGGAGGCACCAUAGUAACUCCAAGUUUGCAUGUCGAUUUGCCCUGUGAAAAUUCAAGUUGGGACAUGGGGAAAGAUGCCUUUAAAUGCAUCGGUGUGAUUCAAAAUGAAGCACGGAGGGUGGGGGGGAAACACACACACAACUAGGGGUUGAUGAGAGAGAACUUGUUGAGCUUUUAAAGAAAAUUGGAUCACAUUUGAGGCUUGUGUGCAAAGCGUGGGGAUUUGAUAUCUCCGUUGCCCACCCCCCACCUUCCAACUGUUUUUAUAUGGAAACAUUUCCCUGCAUCAAGCAGCAGCCCUUGCAGCUUGCAAAAAUAUUUUUCUUUGCACUUCCUUUGGCUCUUCUCCCCCUCCCUCCCCAUUGCCCCAAAAUGCACACUGUUGAUGCUCUUUAACAUGUACUGUACUCUUAAAACAGCAUACAACUGUAUAA